ACCCCUUUCUUGUGACCGACGUGCGCCGUUCCACCUCCAGACGCCACACAAAGCAGCAUCAUGGCGGACGAAGACUUGGAGUACGAUAUCUCCUUCCCUCCGGCCGCUGUUUCAGAUGAUGAGAAAGAGCCGGUGGUGAUACUGCUGGGCUGGGCCGGGUGCAAGGAGAACCACCUGGCCAAGUACAGCUCCAUCCACGAACAGCAGGGCUGCAUCACCAUCAGAUACAUCAUGCCAACGUACGACAUCUUCUUCCACACCUACAAGGCCAAGACGGUGGCGUACAAGGUCCUGGAACUCAUCUUCGACCUUAACCUGGAGGAUCACCCCAUCUUCUUCCACGUGUUCAGCAACGGCGGCGGGUUCAUCUACCGCCACCUGACGGAAAUGGUUGCCAGCCAGCGCGGCGGGCAGGUCGGCGCUCUGCAGAUUGUCGGCUGCAUCUUCGACAGCUGCCCUAGUCGCCGCUCGCUCGUGGUCGGCAUGAAGGCCCUCCUAACCUCCAUGAGCCACGAACCCUUCCUGAAAAGAUACUCGGUGACGUUUUUCUUCGGGAUGAUGGUGAUUUUCAACACGCUCCGUGCGUGGGUGUCCUGGCUGAUCCCGUUUGGUUUCCUGCGCGGGGAGGACGAUUAUUACACGGCCAUGAAGAAGGACCCGUCGCGCUGGCCGCAGCUGUUCCUGUACUCCCACGCUGACAAGGUCGUGCCCUUCAGACAGGUGGAGGAGGUUUACGAGGAGAGGAAGAAGCUGGGUGUUCACGUGCUCGCGGUGGCGUUCGAGAAAUCUCCGCACGUGACGCACCUGGUGCACUAUCGCGACCUCUACAUGCACCACUGCAACGCGUUCGUCAAGUCAUGUACAAUGACGGGCUUCAUCCGCUGAGUUUGUGUGUUAUUACUGGGGGUUUCUUGUUCAAUGUUUAGUCAGGCUUGUACAGUGUAAGAUAAUGUUGUACCUGCAAAAUGGUUUGUUAAGGUCACACCAAUCUGUUUCCAUCAUAACUGACUUU